AUGGUGAAUUUCGCCCAAGCCGUGCGUGAACACUGGGUUCACAUCCUGGUUCCCUUAGGAUUUGUGAUUGGAUGCUAUUUGGACAGAUGGAAUGAUGAAAGAUUGUCUGCCUUCAGAAACAAGAGCUUAUUAUAUAAAAGGGAGUUGAAGCCUGGUGAAGAAGCAACAUGGAGAUAAAAGCUGAUGAUGAAAAGGAAGACAUUUUUGUUUGAUUCAUCAUCUUACCUUACAUAUUGAAAGAACAGGAAUAUGGAUUUUACCCUGAGAGGAUACUACAGUAAAGGACAUCUGCAAUUCAUCAGUGCUAGUUUAAUUUCUGGUGUUACUUUUUGAAGUUGAUUUAAUUACAUGACUGAUAUGUGUUCAGGAAUUCCAUUAGUCCAUAAGCAUUGAGAAAAUUUUCUUUCCUGCUCUGGAUGGGAGAGGAAGAACUAUAGAAUAAACUAUGCAAAAAUCA